AUGGUACUUUCAGCACUAGGGAGUGCGCUUGCACAGAGCCCGGUGCCCACAGUGCGGUACUUACUUGCGACCGGCACUGCCGACAGUGGCACUCAUGACGUCGCCCCGCAGGCCGUUGGCGGUGUGGAUGCGCGCCGCAUCGUGCCUUCCUCCCUGCAAUUCCAUCCUUCACCGCCGGAACGGCUGCUCUCUGCCUUUGUUGCCGCCAAGGCCUUUUUUUUCUCUCGUGACGCGUACAACCUUUGCAUCUUGAUCGAAACACAAAUCGUAUCGCGCGCGAGGACAAGGCAUGCGUGGGACGUUCGCUUCUCGUACCACCCGGCCUCGUUCGUAUCCCACGGCCGUCGUGUCUCUGCGGCUCGACGAGCGGAUCAAGCGGAUCGAAUGGGCCAGCUCGACAGCACGACCAUGGCCGAGGUCGGACGUGGAAGCCUGCAGGUGCCGUCGGCGUCGGCGCUGACGAGCAGGACGACGGGUUGUGGCGAGGUGGCAGAGAGCGUCACGGUCGGUGCCGAUGGAGGCGAGGUUGCCGUUGAUGGCGAGUCGACGAAAGAGUCGACGAAAGAGUCGACGACGGAGCCGACGAGCGGCGUGCAGGGCGGCCCGGACGUGUCGAGCAGCACGUUGGCACCGAGGCUGCCGAGCAUGACCCUUCAACACCUCUCCGUCGACGACGUGCCCUCGAACAGGUCGGCCGGCGGCUCGUCCCAACACCGACCCAGCACGGAACCCCGACGGAGCGUCUCGUACGCGCUGCGGCCCCGGGCCGACGUCUACUACGACUCGCGGGCGGCGACGCGGUCCGAAUGGAAGCGUCGGGCGAUGACGUUGCAGGAAUACUACGACGACAACCCUCAGCUCCUCCCGCAGCUGCCCUUCACCUGGCAUCACGGCCGCCGCCGGUGGCGUCUCUUCUUCUUCGCCUUUCUCGUCUUCGUCGACGCCAGCCUGAUACCGAUAGCCUUGUACUACGGCCUGCGCUACGGCGGCCACGUCGAGGGGUGGAUCAUCUUCGCCGUCGUCACGACCAUCUGGGGCGGGCCGACGUAUAUCGAGUUCGCCAUCCGCACCUUCCGUCUCGUCAAGAAGGAGAGGUUCUACCGGCCGCUCGGCACGGAGAGCAGGUGGUGCUUCGACAUGCUGACGUGGGCCUCGGUCCUGACCAUCACCGUCGUCACGGCCCUCUUCAUCAUCGGCAGCGCGCCGCACAACGUCUGGCUCCGGGUGCUCUGCAUGCCGGCGCCGGCGAUCCUGUACUGCCUCGGAGGCGUGCUCGCCGUCUCGACGCUCUUUCACGCCAUGGCCUGGCCGGCACCCUUUCGAAUCAGCUCGACGGCCAAGGGUGCGCAGGUCCUUCCGGGCGCCUACUACUUCAUCGAAGACGUCGUCGCCGUCAACGCGGGCGCCGGACGGCCCUACCGAGAGGCGCUGGCGGCGCGGUACAAGGCGAGCGUCCGCUUCCGGCGGAUGCUAUACGUGCAGUCGCUGUUCUGGUCGAUACCGGCGCUGCUGCUGGCGAUACCGCUGACCGUCAUCGCCGUCAUCCCGCCGGUGCCGGCGACGGUUGCCUACGGCGUGUGCUGGGCCGUGCCCUUUGUGUGGAGCGGCCUCUGGGGUGCCAUCUCCAUCCGGUGGUGCAAGAGGGAGAUGACGAGGGAAAGGAUCGAAUGGGGCAUGGAGGCGGAUGCGGAAGACAAGACCGAGGGGGAUGCCGAUGCCGAUGCCGAUGCCGAUGCGAGAACGACGUCGGCGGCCGGCGAGGCCAAGCAGGGUUCGACGACGCCGGAAAGGAGCGAGACGGCCUAG